GUAUGACGCCACUGAAAGGUGCCAAAAUUUGUUUGUUGCAAUAUUUUAUAGGAAGACGCAAGUUAAUGAGCUGCUGUAACGCUUAAGUUGAAAAAGCGGGUGUUCAAAACGUCUUUUUACAUCAACAUAAAGAAUGCUGUUUGAUUGCUUACUGCACCAUACUUCAGCCUAUAAGUGAUAGUAAUGAUCUUGCAACUCUUGUUAACAAGUGACGUCAGUAAAUUGUAACUGACCAACGACUACAGGCAUAUUUUGAUUCACCUCGCCGCACUCGAUGAAGUUGCGUGUGGCGCACACCAGGCAGAUCAUUAAAAGUAGUGUUUUAUAGUAAUAUGUACUCUGAUGACUGCGGCGAUAUCUUGAAGAAGGACUUCAAGUACUACAAGAGGAAAGCCGUGCGGCCGGAUUUGUCCAAAGUGAUCGAUUUUGAGAGGCCGGAGGAAUUUCCCGUCGAACUGCACGCGCAGUUGCAGACGACGCCGGAUUGCAGCGAGGUCGGUCUCAUCAACGACUCCGAGCUGGUAUGCUACUCCGUACCUGCUAAUCGGGGUCUCAUAGUAAUACCCAAUCCUUUCACGCCUCAUGGACAACGCCAGUGGGUGAGUCGAACGCUGCGUUCGUAUCCGAAACCACCAAACUGCACUAAUCUGAAGGCGCUGAAGCCGCCGGACGCGUUUCCCGCAUCGCUGAAAGGCGACGAGUUUUACAAGAACCUCCGGUGGGUCACGCUGGGCCUGCACCACGACUGGGACUCCAAGGUGUACGACCUCGAAAACGCGACCGCCUUUCCCAGCUGUCUCGAGGCGCUGACCAAGAAACUCGCUACCCUGCUCGGGUACCCGGCAUUCGAACCCGAGGCCGCGAUGGUCAACUACUACGCCAUGAACUCGACGCUAAGCGGUCACGUCGACCGUUCCGAGCUCGACCUCGAUUCGCCUCUGUUCUCCGUGAGCUUCGGACAGACUGCCGUGUUCCUCAUCGGUGGGGCAACCAAAGACGUCAAGCCGACGGCCAUGUUUCUGAAGAGUGGCGACGUCGUCGUGAUGACGGGCGAAUCCAGAGUGGCCUACCAUGCCGUACCGCUGGUGCUACCGCGCGAGGAUAACGCGCCGUGGAGCUGCGUUGCGGAGACGUGCGGUGGUGGUAAAGCAGGUGGUGAAUGGAGCGCCGAGGCGGAGUACUUGUCUGAUCACAGAAUCAAUCUAAACGUGAGGCAGAUGUUCGCAAGAAGCUGAUGGUCCCCAUUUGGCUGUAGCCAAAUUUAGGUUUUCAAUACUGCACCACAUUUCUGGCUUAGGGCCCGCGCCUCGUCAGAUGCUAAGUCAUAUGGUACAUGGCAGCAUCCGCUGCUGCAAAGAGCUCAAGUUGUAAGACCGUACUGCAAGUACCCAGAAUAUUGCUUAUGAAACUUGCUGAAUGUUAAGAAGAUCAUGGUGAUGCCAAUGUGGAUGCACAAGCACUUGAACCGGCUCACGCAAGACGCAACAGUGUGACUUUAGUUGUGCGUGAAACUUCUAUACACUGGGUGCAUAUGAAAGUUGUUCCGAUGUGGACAGAAAGCUUGCUGUCACACUAAAAUGUGAAACUACAUGUUCUAGUUCAUGUUCAUAUGUGCAUGAUGCAAGCAUUUCAAACAUGACGGGUGCCAUGUACAAAACCUGUUUAAAGUAAACAGAGGUGCGGGGGUGUUCCAGGAUAUGGAAGAGAUGAAUGGCCAGGGUUACUCCAGUAGCAUCUAUCAGGAUUGAAUUCCAUACUGAGCAGUUGCAGUGCCUUUGAGCGCCGCCUUUGACUUUCUGGUCCUCAGUAUUUGCAGAUUUGUCAGUUCCCCUGCAAUGUUAAAGGACAACUGCAACGAAGUUUUGCUUCUGCUAAAUUGGCUCUCAAUUAGUAGAAUAAACUAUUGAAGAAAUCUUGGCAGAACUACAGGUCUGGUAAUUGGCCAAUUUAUUUAUUUUAUUUAUUUAUUUUACAAUACUGCAGGCCCUCGUUGGGCACAUGCAGGAGUGGUUACAACAUGGAAUAGAGUAAAAAAAAAAGAAGAAAGUGAAACUAGUGUAUCCAAAACAAAUAGCAUUAGCGCACACAAAAAUGAACAUACUCAAUAAAUAUAUACACUCUGUUUAAAUGAGCAGUCCGGGAAGCAGGAGAAACAGCGUUUACCAUAAGAAUGCAUCUGCAGAGGCUGCAUAUGAUAUACAGGUUAUAUCACCAUUCGAAUUCCAGAUUCUCAAUACUGUCAAUAAAUGCGUUGGCAGAUGGGCAAUUUACGGCUCUAGAGGAUAGUAUGUUCCAAUGGGAAAUGGCGUGUGGGAAUAAAGAGUACUUGUGAGUGUUAUUAUGGCUGG